GGCCGACAGGCGCUGGGCGCUGGCGGGGCGCCCCGGCCCGCCGCAGGAGCCCGAGCAGAGCCCCGCCUCCCGCCGCCCCUCCCAGCCCCGGCGCGGCGCUUCCUGGUGCGGACGCAGCCAUGGCCGAGGAGCAGCCCCAGGUUGAGCUGUUCGUGAAGGCCGGCAGCGAUGGAGCCAAGAUCGGGAACUGCCCCUUCUCCCAGAGACUGUUCAUGGUGCUCUGGCUCAAAGGAGUCACCUUCAAUGUCACCACCGUGGACACCAAGAGGCGCACGGAGACCGUGCAGAAGCUUUGCCCAGGAGGGCAGCUCCCAUUCCUGCUGUACGGCACGGAAGUCCACACGGACACUAACAAGAUCGAGGAGUUUCUGGAGGCUAUGCUGUGCCCGCCCAGGUACCCCAAACUGGCGGCUCUGAACCCUGAGUCCAACACUGCAGGGCUGGACAUCUUUGCCAAAUUUUCUGCCUACAUCAAGAAUUCAAACCCAGCACUCAAUGACAACCUGGAGAAGGGGCUCCUGAAGGCCCUGAAGGUUUUAGACAAUUACUUGAUAUCCCCGCUCCCAGAAGAAGUGGAUGAGACCAGUGCAGAAGACGAGGGCGUCUCUCGGAGGAAAUUCCUGGAUGGCAACGAGCUCACCCUGGCUGACUGCAACCUGUUGCCAAAGCUGCACAUCGUGCAGGUGGUCUGUAAGAAGUACAGAGGCUUCACCAUCCCCGAGGCCUUUCAGGGAGUGCAUCGGUACUUGAGCAAUGCUUACGCCCGGGAAGAAUUUGCCUCCACCUGUCCAGAUGAUGAGGAGAUCGAAUUGGCCUAUGAGCAAGUGGCCAAGGCCCUCAAGUAGGGCGGGGCUGGCGGAGUUCAGGCCCCUUCACCCACCUUCCUCCCGGGUCUCAGAG